AGCAAAAAAAGAUUACAGAAAUUACAGACCUUCAAACAAUCAGUGAAUCUUUUWCUUUUGAACAGACUGACAAAAAAAUUCAUCGUUUUAUUGCGUUUUUGUGUCCAAUUUUCUUGUUUUCUCUAGGGUUUUUUCUGGUCUCCGAGCCCGAAAACACCAGUACAAACACCGGUGUUUCUUCUCCUGCAGCGGUGKAUAAGACAUCAAAGACUAUGUCAAUAGCCUACUUUUUCAUGGAAUAUGUUGAUUUUUUGGCUAUUUCUCAACUCUUUACUGYGUGUAUUUUUAUAUGCCUCAAAUUACUUCUGGGGGAUAUAGCCCUGAAAAACACUACUUUAAAAACAUCUGAGGCAGUUUCGAUUUUUCUCUUUUCUGUGGAUACCCUGUGCUGCGUUUAUAACAAAAAGUACUUUCCUGGAAUAUUUUGUUUUCCAAAAGAGUUAUUUGAAUAUCAUAUGCAAGCAGAUGAGAGAGGUCUCAUUGCUCGAUUUUUUAYCGCUGUCUAUUUYGUCAUUUUACAGAUUUCCAUUUUCGAGGCUGCUUUUAUGAUUUUCUUGGAUAUCAUGUCGUCGAAAACUUUUUCUUCUGAAGCCAUUCUUAGUAUAUUUGCCUUUUUAUUCUAUAAAUAUGCUCCUACAUUCAAACAGCAAGAGCCACCUCCAAAGAAAAAGGACGCAUCGACCCAAACAGACUCCUUGCCCGUUAUUGGGAACAAAAAAAGAGUACACAAACUUGAGAAUGUCGCUAAACAAAAGAAAUGUCAAAAUCAAUGA